AUGCGGCCCAUGGUCGUAGGGAGGGCAGCGCGGCUGGCCCGCAGCGCGCGCAGCUACACCAGCGCCACGAAAGCGACGGCGUCGCCCUUGGCCGCCGUCGCCCACUCCUCCUCGCCCCCCGCCGCCCCGUCCAGCCCGCCCGCCGGCGCCUCGCUGCAGUGGUGCGGCGCAGGGCUGAGCCUGCAGCAGGCGUUUGACGCGCACAGCUUUGCGCAGCUGGGGCACCACGGGGAGGUGCCUGCGGGAGAUGCUGACGAGGACGAUGAGCUGGACCUCCAGGUGGCAGCCAUUCUGCGGCAGCACCUCGAAGACGCCUUCAGCCGCGGCUCCACCGCAGCGCCCGGCAUGUGCGGGCCGCCCGCCGCUGCCUUGGCUGUGGCGGCGGAGGCGGAGGCGCUGCAGCCGGCGGUGGCGCCGCCGCCGCCCGCCGCCGCCGCCAGCCUGCGGGCCAGCACAAAGGCUGUGGAGGCGCGGCUGGCCAAGCCGGCGCCGGCCGCCGUGCCGCUCACGCUGGAGGCAGCGCUGCAGCCCAGCACGCAGGCCAGGCAAGUCGCUGCACAAAGGGCGAGCCUGCUCGUGAUGGUUGUGGAGGCUGAGGCGCCACACACGGUUGCCUGGGCCAACGUGGCGUGGGAGGAGCUGGCGGGGGUGGAGUGGACCUCGGUGCUGGGCCAGCCCUGCUUGGAGGUGGUGCAGGCCGCCGCCAGCGAGGAGCUGGCGGAGGGGCUUGCUGAGGCGCUGCAGCAGCGCGCGCGCGGCAGCGCCGUGCUGUGCUACGGCGGCGCGCCGGUGCGCGUCACCGCCGCGCCGCUGCUCGCCCGCGACGGCUCCCCGCCCCGCAUGCUCCUGGCCUUCACCCCCGCCGGACGCACCCCCGAGUGA